AUGAACGAUAUCCUCAGCGAAAUUACCGCCAACAGCCAAACUGUCACUGCUAAAGCCACAGUAAGAGGAAAGGGAGCAGCAAAUAAUGAACGCACACUUACCAUGCCGUUACCGUUUCGAACCGGAGAUUCCGAACGAGAUCGCGAACGACUUCUGCUCAUAGAACGUGAGCGAGAGCGUGGCAUCCUGAAAAUAACCGAUCCCAGGCACCAAAAGUCACUUCCAGAACAGCAGCAUUAA